AUGUCAUCAGCUUUGACUUCCUCACAUUUCCUUCAGGAAAUGGCCUAUCCACCAUAUUGUAUUCAACCAUUAAAAUCUUGGGGUAUGAUUGCAAUCGGAGGUGGAGGUGGUACAGCUAAAACUGGCGUUACAAAUGCGGUGGAUUUAAAAUGGAUUUAUUUAAAUCAAUCAUCAGACCCAACUAAUAAUAAAUGUUCAAUUCAAAAUGUGAAUAGCUUUACACAACACGAUAGUGUUAUGCGAAUGGUUUCAUUACGUAAACAACAUGAAUAUCUUAUAUUAGCACUUAACCGUCAAUUAAAAGUUAUUAUGCUUAAAGCAUCACAUCGAGAAAUGGAUGCUGGAUUAGCACCAAAUGGUUUACCACCUUCGCCCACUCAUCAUCAAGAUUCAGUGCCCAUUAUUCCCGUACAGCGAUUUGUGCGUCGAAGACAUAAUUCAUCGACAUCAUCAACAACAGAUCCAAUAAAUAUGCAACAUCGCGCAUCAGUUGUACUUCAUCGAAAUGGACAAGCAACUGUUGACGCGAUUGGAAAUGAAAAUAUGACUUCUGCGACACCAACGAGUCGUACACCUUCGUUUAGUUUAGCGUCGGCAGCAUCAACAAUAUUGAAUAAUAUUUAUACAGUGCCAAUACACGAGCAGCAUUAUGUCAAUGCACUUGUCGUUUGUCCAGCUACACAAUCGAAAUUGUUUGUUGGUGCAAGUGACGGUUCUUUAGCAAUUUAUGAAAUAAUUUGGCCAGCUGUAUCAUCAGCAGAUCGUUUAAUACAAUUAAAAUUAUUAGCAUCCUUUAAAGCACACGAGAAAGAAAUUGAUGAUUUAGCUGUGGAUCCGUUUGGAACUUGGCUUAUUAGUGUAUCGCGUGAUUAUCAUGUUCAAAUACGUCAAUGUUCACCAACAUUUGAUAAACAUAGUGAACUUGAUUUAAGUCAAUUUGGCAUGACAAAAAUAUCGAAAACCUCAAAAACAUCUAAACCACUCUAUCGUAUUCGACAUGUUCGUUUUGGCGUGGUGCCGUCAUCAUCGUCGUCGAAUGCAGCGUUUUUCCUAUAUACAAGUCUUAUACCUCAAGCUGUAGUAGAUAAAUCUGCAAGUUGUAUUAUUCAAUGGACAGAAAACAAACAACGCGAAUUUAUUGUUCGACAGCGCCGUAUGAUUUCCUAUGAUCGUAUAUCAGCUAUAGCUGUUAGUAAUUGUGGUCAAUAUUUAUCUGUUGGAGACUCAGGUGGUUUUGUGCGAAUAUAUGAAACUGAUCGCUUGAAAUUAUUAUACGAACAUCGAGCACAUUCAAUAUUUGUCACAGAUCUGGCGUUUGUGUUACGUGAAGAAAAUUAUUUAUAUAAAACCAGCGUUCUAAGUAUCAGUGCGGAUAAAAAUCUCUAUGUACAUAAUGUACAUCCGCCACAAGCAAAUAUUUUCUCUUUUUCAUUUUUGAUUGUUGUCGGUCUACUGUUGCUCUUUUUAUUUUUAUCGCAAAUUCGAUUUCGACUUCAUUAG